AUGUAUCAUGUUUUGACUAAAAAUACAACAGUAACAGAUCACAACCGCAACCUGCUGGUAGAGACUAUUCGUUCUAUAACAGAGAUCCUUAUAUGGGGGGAUCAGAAUGACAGCUCAGUAUUUGACUUUUUCUUGGAGAAGAAUAUGUUUGUUUUCUUCUUGAACAUCUUGCGUCAGAAGUCCGGUCGUUACGUGUGUGUACAGCUUCUGCAGACCCUGAACAUCCUUUUUGAGAACAUCAGUCAUGAAACAUCACUGUACUACCUGCUGUCUAACAACUAUGUAAAUUCUAUUAUUGUCCACAAAUUUGACUUUUCUGAUGAGGAAAUCAUGGCAUAUUACAUAUCAUUUUUGAAAACUCUUUCACUGAAACUCAACAAUCAUACUGUACAUUUCUUCUAUAAUGAGCACACUAAUGACUUUGCUUUGUACACUGAAGCUAUUAAAUUUUUUAACCACCCAGAAAGCAUGGUCAGGAUCGCUGUUAGGACUAUAACUUUAAAUGUCUACAAAGUGUCAUUGGACAACCAACCUAUGCUGCAUUACAUCAGAGAUAAAACUGCUGUCCCUUAUUUCUCCAACCUCGUUUGGUUUAUUGGAAGCCACGUGAUAGAACUGGAUAACUGUGUGCAGACUGAUGAAGAGCACAGAAAUAGGGGCAAACUGAGUGACCUGGUAGCAGAACAUCUUGAUCAUUUACAUUACCUUAAUGAUAUCCUUAUCAUUAAUUGUGAAUUUUUAAAUGAUGUGCUGACAGACCACCUACUUAACAGGCUCUUUCUUCCCCUCUACGUGUAUUCAUUAGUAAAUCAAGAUAAGGGUGGAGAGCGUCCAAAAAUAAGUCUUCAAGUUUCUCUCUAUCUCCUUUCUCAAGUUUUUCUAAUUAUACAUUAUGCCCCUUUGGUGAACUCAUUGGCUGAGGUUAUACUUAAUGGUGACCUCUCGGUGUUUUCUUCUAAAGUUGAGCAAGAUGUACAGAAAAGCUCAGCAAAGUCAAGUAUCAGAUGUUUCAUAAAACCAACAGAAACACUUGAGAGGUCUCUUGAAAUAAACAAACAGAAGGGGAAGAAGAGGGUGCAGAAAAGGCCCAACUAUAAAAAUGUUGGUGAAGAUGAUGAAGAGGAAAGAGGAUCUGAAGAUAACCAAGAUGACCUAGAUAAAACUAAAGGUACAGAAGCGAGUUCAAAGAGCAUCAGAACAUGCAGUGAGAAUGAAGAAAUAGAGAUGGUAAUCAUGGAGAGAUGUAAACUGUCAGAAUUGUCUAUCUCUGCUGUGACAGAACAGAAUACAACAGAUGAAGAAAAGAGUGCAGCUGCCUCUGGAAGUGAGAUAACAAACUGGAACAGGCCUUUUCUUGAUAUGGUCUACAAUGCACUGGACUGUGCCGAAGAUGAUUACUAUGCCCUCUUUGUGCUCUGUCUUCUAUAUGCAAUGUCACACAACAAAGGAAUUGACCCAGUCAAGCUGGAGAGAAUUCAACUUCCAGCUCAACAUGCUGAAGAGAGAAAUUCAUAUAAUCAUGUACUUGCAGAAGGGCUCAUCAGGAUAAUGAAUUAUGCUGCACAAGCAGAUGGAAAAAUCCGUUUGGCAACUUUAGAACUUGGCUGCCUGUUGCUGAAGCAGCUUGUGUUUUCUAAAAACGGCAGCAUCAUAAAAGAUGUUCACCUUGCUUGCCUUGAGGGUGCAAGGGAAGAAAGUGUUCAUCUCCUUCGUCGUUUCUAUAAGGGAGAAGAAAUUUUUCUGGAUAUGUUUGAAGAUGAAUACCGGAGUAUGACAAUUAAACCCAUGAAUGUAGAGUACUUGAUGAUGGAUGCCUCAAUCUUGUUGCCUCCAACGGGGACACCACUGACUGGUAUUGAUUUUGUGAAAAGAUUGCCUUGUGGAGAUGUAGAAAGAACACGAAGAGCAAUCAGAGUUUUCUUUAUGCUGCGUUCGCUAUCACUGCACCUGCGAGAUGAGCCAGAAACUCAGUUGCCACUCACAAGGGAGGAAGAUCUGAUAAAGACAGAUGAUGUUCUUGACUUGAAUAACAGUGAUCUAAUUGCUUGCACAGUCAUAACAAAGGAUGGGGGUCAAGUUCAAAGAUUCCUGGCUGUGGAUAUUUACCAGAUGAGUUUGGUUGAGCCAGAUGUGGCCAGGCUUGGAUGGGGAGUAGUUAAGUUUGCAGGCCUUUUGCAGGAUAUGCAGGUGACGGGAGUAGAGGAUGACAGUAGAGCUCUGAACAUAAUAAUUCAUAAGCCUGCCUCAAGUCCUCAUUCAAAGCCUUUCCCUAUCCUUCAAGCGACAUUUAUUUUUUCUGAUCACAUUCGCUGCAUUAUUGCAAAACAACGUCUUGCAAAAGGCCGCAUCCAGGCUCGGCGUAUGAAAAUGCAGAGAAUAGCAGCUCUCCUGGAUCUUCCUGUUCAGCCUUCAACUGAAGUUGUUAUGGGUUUUGGACACAGCUCUGCAGCUGCAGCCCAACACCUUCCAUUCCGGUUUUAUGAUCAGUCUCGACGUGGUAGCAGUGAUCCUACAGUGCAGCGUUCUGUUUUUGCCUCUGUUGACAAAGUUCCAGGCUUUGCUGUAGCCCAGUGUAUAAAUCAGCACAAUCCAUCACCGCUCUCAUCACCGUCACCUUCCAGUGGCAGUGGGAGUACGGGGCGCUGUGAUUCAGUGACUGCAAGCUCAACAUCCACUCCUUCUGCUGCACAGAGCCCAUCAGAUGACACUUCAGCUCCAGAGCAGCCUCAAAUGACCAUUUCUGGUCAGCUGAUAAUUUCUGGUCAGACGAUGUUGACUGAUGAAACUCUUUCAGCUGUCUCAAAGUCUAGCAAGAAUGCUGUAAAAAACAGUGACCUAGAAACAGCAAACCUGUCUCCUAGCCUGAUUCCUGCACAGCAGCCCACAAUAUCAUUAAUAACAGAUGACAAUACGGAUGCACUAAGUGUAGAGUCGCUUACACUGGUGCCACCAGUUGAUCCACACAGCAUUCGAACGUUCAGCUGCAUUCCUCCAUCCUCUUUGAGAUCUGAAGUUGAAGUUAGCGAGGUAAAAGAGGUAGAGGAAGAAGUUCUGACUAAAGCCAGCCUGCAGGCUCUGGUAAACAGUGAAGCAAAUGCAACCAAAUUUGUUUUUAAUUUGGGAGCGCAGAUACUUCAUGAAGCCUGA